AUGCCCCAACCAGAUCCAAACCUAUUGAAAGAAGUAGGGAACACUCUAUGGAAAGAAGAAAUGAAAUACAGUACCGCAGAACAGAAUGACGAACAUGUAGCCCUAUUUAAACAGCUUAACCCAGAACAGAGAACAAUAUAUGAUGCAGUGAUGGAUUCAAUUGAAAAUCAUCGUGGUAAGCUAUUCUUCGUUUAUGGACCUGGCGGGACAGGGAAAACAUUUCUAUAUAGGACCAUUAUUUCAAAGAUACGAUCAACAAAAGGGAUUGUAUUGCCAGUGGCAUCUUCAGGGAUUGCAGCACUGCUCCUAUCUGGUGGUAGAACGGCCCAUUCACGGUUCAAGAUUCCAUUUGACGUUACUGGACAAUCGGUGUGCCAUAUAAUGCCAGGUACAAUGCUUGCAGAACUAAUCAAGAAAACUGAUCUUAUCAUUUGGGAUGAAGCACCAAUGGCACAUAGACACACUUUUGAGGCUUUAGACAGAACUUUGAAAGAUAUAAUGGGUCAUGACAAUCCAGAAGCGAAGGAACAAACAUUCGGAGGGAAAACAGUUCUUCUAGGAGGAGAUUUCAGGCAGAUAUUACCAGUUAUACCACAAGGUACUCGGGCAGACACGGUUAUGGCAUCUAUUAGCGAAUCAUAUCUGUGGGAGUCUUGCCAAAAGUAUAUUUUGAAGAAAAAUAUGAGACUUCAAGAUUCAGAUGGUGAAUUUGCUAAUUGGGUACUAAGAGUUGGGGACGGAGACGCCCCUACAAUUCAAACCGAUCAUGACAUUUCAGAUGAUGGGCAGAUGGUGGUGGUUGACAACCAUUUUUUAAGGGUAUCCAGUGGAAACACACUUAAAGAAAUCAUUGACGCAGCAUAUGGCAAUCAUAUUGUCUCGAAAACAAACAAAGAAUACUACACAGAAAGAGCCAUACUCACUCCAUGA